UUCUCUCUGUCUCUUGUUUCUUUCUCUCUUCCUCUCAGUGGCUCCUGGACAUUUCGGCUGCCUGUGUGCGCGCCUCCGUUCGCCACGCUCUCGCACAAGAUCGUCCAGCUGCUGCGCUCAAGCCAGGACACACACACUCCACACCGGCUGCAGAAAUGGCGAUGAGCAGCAUUCUGAACGCUGAUGACAUUAAGAAAGCCCUGGAUGCAUUCAAAGCCGCUGACUCAUUUGACCACAAGAAGUUCUUUGAGAUGGUGGGGCUGAAGGCAAAAUCAGCUGAUGAUGUAAAGAAGGCCUUCCAUGUACUGGAUGCUGACAACAGCGGCUUCAUAGAGGAGGAGGAACUUAAGUUCGUGCUGAAGGGUUUUGCGACUGAUGGAAGAGACCUGACUGAUAAGGAAACCAAAGCCUUCCUACAGGCAGCUGAUAAAGACGGAGACGGCAAGAUUGGAGUGGACGAGUUUGCUGCUCUUGUCCAUGAGUGAACGGGCCCAUCCUGGCUGACCCAUACCCUCAAGAUCCCACAACCCAGACCACACCCUAACACACACUGCCCCACCCCCCACACACACUCCCUGUCACAUUAUUCACACACACACGCACAGCCUCACUCACUGCUGACACACAUGCUCCGUUCACAGCUGUUCACACUCCUUCAACCCUACACUUCACACAGCCUGAGCGCAGCGUACACAAGCAAGGGGCACGCGCACGCGCACACGCACACACACACACACACACACACACCUACACACACACACACACACACACACACACACACUCUACACCGCCUCCUUCAGUCAUGCUAUUUAUUUUUCCUUUUUAUACAAACGUGUGUGUUUCUGCUAGUGUAUAGAUGAAGAGCCCCUCACCCUGACAGUCUGUAGAUAUUUACAAAAAGGAAAGUCAAGACCACCCCUUUCAUCUCUUUAUUCUACACUCUCUUUUCGUUCUCUCUUUCUCCCUCUUUAAAUCUCUCUAUCAACUCUCUCUCUCUCACUCCUCUGCACUGCUCUCCUCCCUCCUCUCCUCUCCAUCUCUCCCGCUCCUCUCUUCUCUCUGGUAUAGAGCCACCAUGAAAAACGUCAAAAUAAGAAAGAGGUCAAACUGUAAAAGGAGAAAAAAAUGAAAUAAAGACAGAAUGCC